AUGAAGAACUUCCCAUUCGCGGCUCUCUUGGGCACUGCCUUGCUUGCGGUUACUAUCCCUGGUUUUCAAGCGGUUCCCAUCGACAAGCUGGUGUCUAAUUCAAAACACAAGGCACCAGUAUUCCAAAUCGCAGCAGGGCACUCCACGGAUCCGGAGACGGAACUAGCCGCGCCGGAAGACACCGAGCACAGUAGUGCACUCUCGCAUGAGGAAGAUGUAGAGGCCCUCAAGCGUGAAGCUGAACUCGAGGCAGAGGAUGAAGAGCUUCAGCGGAUCGAAGAGGAGAGGGAGAUGAAGGCUGGCAUGUUUGGGGGAGGAAAGCUACCUGAUAUUGAGUCCUCGAAGGAGCUGAACACGGAGUGCGACAAGGCCGCAAGAUCUACCUCGAAGUGUGAGGGUGUUGACGAAAAAUUGGAAAAGCUGCAGGCGGAUGAGGAGGCUCUGGAGAAGGAGGAGAAGAACGCAGAAAAGGAAAUGGCAGGAGAGGGAGCUGAAGAGCCAGAAGAAUCCGACCAGAGUGGAUCAGAAGAGGUAGACAAAGAACGCGCAACAAUCACGACAUCUAACCGCCAAACUGCUUCCCCCAGAAGUCGUUUUUGCAGACAUUUCGGAAAAAAAAGGGCAGACGUCAACAACAAUGCAACUUCCACAGAGACCGAAAACAGAGGUUUUUAG